GCAAAGUCGUGUGAAAUUCAGAAAGUCCCCACGAAUUUUACGCGAAGAAGAAGAGUGUGAGAAAUAGAAAAAUCGUUGGACGCUCUGGUAUCUCUCCCAUGUGCUUGCUGCCUUCCGUGUCCUGAGAUACUGAUAGAAAGAUUAGUUUUUGCUGGGAUUUCGUUUUGAGAAUCGAUGGCUGCACCACCGGUGAGAGCUCGAGCAGAUUACGAUUACCUCAUUAAGCUUCUUUUGAUUGGCGAUAGCGGUGUGGGGAAAAGUUGUCUGCUUCUGCGAUUCUCUGAUGGGUCUUUUACAACCAGUUUUAUUACAACCAUUGGUAUUGAUUUUAAGAUAAGAACCAUUGAACUUGAUGGCAAAAGAAUUAAAUUGCAAAUUUGGGAUACAGCUGGUCAGGAGCGUUUUCGAACUAUAACAACAGGUUUGUGGUUGGGCUGGUGGAAGUUGGUUAUCCUUUUUGUCUUUUCCUUUUUUCUUCUUUUCAGAGAGAUGUAGAUAGAUGGCUUCAAUGUUAGUUUCUGGGAGAUGUUAAAGGUCAGAUAGAGCAUUGCUUCCAUGUUAUUUUGGGAUGUAAAAUAAAUCCUGAGAUAAGCGAAUAUAUGUGGUGGAGGAAAUGUACUUCUGAGACAUGAAGAAGAAUGUCUGUUUGUGAUAUGUGAAAAAAUUGACUACAAUUGUCAAACAGUUUUAGAAACUUUGGUAUUUAGGACUCAGAAUGAUUUUGUUAGGUUGAAAUCUUAUUAACAGUUCUAAUAAAUCACAUGGAUGAGCUGUCUCCUAGACUUCUGAAUAUGAGAUCUAGACUGUUUUCUGGUUGCUAGUGUAGGUAAUUCAGUCUUAUGAAAUAUCUUUCUAUUUUAAUUUUAAAUUUAAUCCCUGACUUUGCCAAUGCAUUUAUGCUACACUGCAGCUUAUUAUCGUGGAGCCAUGGGGAUCUUGCUAGUCUAUGAUGUCACUGAUGAGUCAUCUUUCAAUAGUAUCUUCUUGACUUCCUUAGCCUUAUUUUCAAUUAUCAUUGUCCUUUAAUGAUAACUUGUAAAAAAUAUUUGCACCUUAAUGGAUUGAUAUGGCUUCUUAUAUUCUUUUUCAUUAUUUGUUGACUUGUUUCCUUGGAUGGCAUUAGCCAGUUUCUCUUUUCCCAUCCACUUUUUCAUCAAGUUGAGUGGCUGAAUAUGCAUAUACUCUUUGGGAUGACAUAUCUUGUGUAUUUGGUGAGGCCUGCUGUGAUGAUCUACAACUCUUGCAAGUCUUAUAGAACUUUUUUCUCAUUGUUUACAGAUAUUAGGAACUGGAUUCGCAAUAUUGAACAGCAUGCUUCUGAUAAUGUGAACAAGAUACUAGUGGGGAACAAGGCUGACAUGGAUGAAAGCAAAAGGGUAAAUGUUUUUUGAUUUAUAACUUGUAGAACACUGCUUGUCCUGCUAAGCUUGUAGAUUUGCCUAAGUAACCAGGCAAGUACAUUU